AUGGCAGCAGAUAUUGGAUUCAUCGGCAUCGGGAACAUGGGGUUUCACAUGGCUGGAAAUAUUCGCAGCAAGAUGGACCGAUCAUCCACACUCCACAUUUUUGAUGUCAACAACGCGUCAUGUCAAGAUUUCGUGCACAAGUUUGGGGAUCUUGGCCCUGUGAGGAUUGCAAAGUCGUCGAAAGAGGUUGCGGAAGCUUCCAAAACCGUCCUUUCAAUGGUGCCGAUGGAUCAGCAUUGCCGAGCGGUUUAUCUCGAUCCUGAGACUGGGGUCAUUGCGGCUCGCGCCGAUCAAGAUCGGUUAAUCCUAGAGUGCAGCACUAUCAGUAUUGCAACGGCUCAAGAGGUAGGGAAAGCAGUCAUGGAGGCUGGCCGUGGGAGGUAUAUCGACACACCAGUCUCCGGGGGUGUCGGCGGCGCCGAGGCUGGUUCGCUGUCAUUCUUCAUCGGAUACCCGAAUGCGGCAACAGACAACGAUCCGCUCGUCCAACACAUCAAAACCGUGAUCGGUUGGAUGGGCGCGGCUGAACGGAUCAACUUCUGCGGCUUUCUCGGAGGAGGACUCGUGAGCAAGAUUGCCAACAACUACAUGGGUCUCUGCAACCUUGCCGCCGCCGCGCAGGGCAUGGCGUUUGGGAUACGGCACGGCAUGAAUCCGGAGACCCUGUUUCGAUGCAUCAAAGGAUCCAGCGGCGACUCGUGGAUCUUGAAUUUCUCGCCACCGGUGCCGGGCGUUGUUGCGAAAAGUGCCGCGAGCAAUGGUUUCCGCGCUGGGUUCAGACCUAGCUUGUGCGUCAAGGACGUUUCCCUUGCCAUCAAAGCGGCGCGGGAAGUCGGGAUCAACGCGACCAUGGGAGAAAUGGCCCUCAAGGAGUAUGAGAGAGCGGAUCAAGAUCCUAGGACGACUAGUCUUGACUGUUCGUCCAUUUGGCUACACAUCAAUGGCCAAGUCGAUGCUUUCUCCGAAUCGAAAUGA